UUGCCAACGAAAGAGGAAGAUGGCGGCCGGCGGACCGAGCUGUAGGAAACGAUGAAACAGAUAAUACUCAAAUAGAAACGCGCAUGUAGGCACGUUGCGACCACUAUCCUUUAAGGCUGUUACGAGGAGGAACAAGGACACGAAUGGCGCUGAUUUACGGCUUGUUAUGGCGGCUACUGCUGGUUCUGGUCCACAUCAACAGAGCGCUGGUCCUCUGGCUCCGCGUCCGUCUUCGGAGCUGGAAGGGGCGGCUGUGGGAGCGGGCGAUGGCCGGUCUGCUGCUGCCGGUAGCCCUCGCCGGGUUCCCGGACCACCAGAAACGGCUGGAUCAAAACCCCGAUGCCAACGCGAACCCGGUGACCGGGAACAGCAGUGCGGGUCGCCGGUCCCGAUGGCUCUCUGACGGGAGGUCUCUGGAGAAGCUGCCGGUCCACAUCGGCCUGUUGGUGACGGAAGAAGAACCGAGCUACACGGACAUCGCCAACCUGGUGGUCUGGUGCAUGGCUGUGGGCAUUUCUUACGUCAGCGUCUACGAUAAUCACGGUGCUUUUCGGAAGAACAACUCCCGCCUGCUGGAGGAGAUCGGGAGGCAGCAGCAGGACCUGCUCGGCGCCGAAGGCUCCAAAUGCAACGUGGAUUUCCUGAGCCGCGGCGGUGACGACCGGCAGCACCACGGGGUGUCCUGCGGCCCCACGGUGAAGGUGCUGUCUCCAGAGGACGGGAAGCAGAGCAUCGUCCAGGCGGCGCAGCGUCUCUGUCGCUCCGUGGAGAACAAAGAGAGGAGCUCCAAAGACAUCAGCGUCUCCAUGCUGGACGUCCUGCUGAGAGACUCUAAGAACGUUCCGGACCCGGAGCUGGUGGUGAAGUUCGGCCCGGUGGAAAGCACGCUGGGCUUCCUGCCCUGGCACAUCCGGCUCACCGAGUUCAUCUCGCUGCCCUCCCACAGAAACGUGUCCUACGAGGACCUGCUGAGCGUCCUGCAGCGGUUCAGUUCCUGUCAGCAGCGGUUGGGCCAUUGAUGCGUCCCUCGCCCCUCGCCGUCUCCCCCCCCCCCCCCCAGCGUCGGGCCUCCUCUGCCGGCGUCUCCCGGAGCUUUUAAAACGGACUCCAAGGACGAGCCCAGAGCCCGGGAGACCGGCCAGCUCACUUCCUGCCUCACAGCGCUCGUCUCAUAAUAACGUCACAUUCCAGGACUUCUGGAACAUGGCCCAUCGGAGAGACACACACACACACACACACACACGGAGACACACACGGACACAAGAGGACUGUCUGCAUAGACUCCGUGUUCCACAGAACCUCGUCCUGUUGUUCCCCUCCCUGACAUUCGGCCUCCAGCUGCUGUUUCGUAGAACGAGGACCGGCCUCCACCCGGCGGAGGACCACAGAAGAAGCGAGGCUUUGUCGCCCCCCCCCCCCCCCCCCCCGAGGUAGAUCUGGCUGCGUCCCCCCCGCCCAUGAGGAGCUGAGCUCGGUCACAGAGCGGUCGAUGAUGUGUACAUAUGAGAGAGAUUCCUACGGCUCUGUUGUUGUGUCGGUGGCGUUGCUGACCGAGGUUUGUUCGCGGGAAUAAAACGAAAACGCUCCGGCUGCCUGCGGUCCAAUCCCACGCCACGUUAGAGGAGUCCCUCACGACUCCCUCUGACAUCCACUGAGGGGAGUUCUCACCCGACGGAGGGCCGUCUCGUGAUGGGAGACGGACUUAUCCAAGCCGAGUGUCUAUUGACGGGGGAGCCAUGGGGGGGGGUGGGGGUACAUCUAGACUUGUCAAACACAAAGUAUAAGAAUGAUAAGAACUGUUUCACUGAUGCUUCUUCGUGUCGUGACAAAAUGUGUUGCUGUGGAAAAGAUUAUUUUGAAAUUGUUUUUUAAUCUGUUUAAUUUGGAAAUAAAAAGUUCCUUAAGUUCAAACUGCCAGAGGAAGAAAACACUGGGCACAUUUAA